AGUCAGUGUGUCUUAGCUGGUUGCAUCGGACUGGGACUUUGCCGUCUUCCGCCGAAUUCCCAACAUUGAAUAGCAGCUGGUCACCGACAUCUCAUGGUUCACGACUUCUGGAAAUCAAUUCUUUCCGAUACAGCGACUUCGACAAGAUACAUUUCCCUUCGACAUAGAUUGCGCAAAAUCGAUCUCCUACCGAAGAAUACACCGAUAAUAGUCUAGACGACCAUGACAGCGCCUUUGAAAAUAAGAUACACAUGUUAAACUCUAAUCCCGAUCACUGGGUUACUCUGCGCACUCUACAUAGGAGGGGUGUUUGCCAUUGUUAAUGAGCUCUCGGGACCUCCGUGGCCACGCAUCUACCUAAGCACCAACAUCGCACGGUCUUUUGACGUUGAAGCUCAUAGCAGUCAAGACGGGAGCUACUGGGAAAGGCGAAGGCACUGAUCGGGUGGAGCAAUAAACGGCCUACUCCCCGCAGUCUGAAUUCAUCCUCAGUACCCGAUUCCCCUGUACCGACCUAUCUACCUCAUCGUCCCAGUACACUCGACGAACCUUCCUCUCCUGCGACGAUCAACCGAAAACGCAAACGCAAUCCCGCAGCACACUUCUGUGGCUGUUUGGAUUAGGGCAUUCCCAUUCUAUUCAGGUAUAUCCACCGACUGUUACCUGGAACCGCGGCCUUUUGGCUCAGGUUCCUCCUUCCCAUCACCCAAACUGGAUUCCAUCCCCUUUGUGACAGUCGCUGGCUGGACCCAACACAAAAGCCCAAGCGUAAAGUCCGCGCGGCCCUUUGGCCACUUCCGGUCGCUCUCCAGCUUUACCAGUCCGGGGGCAGCCACUAAGACAGCAGACGCCACUGUAGGCCACCACCACAGAUCGCCGUCACUCAGCGACCUGCCACCAAAGAUGUCGGCCGACGUAGCAUAUGCGAGCACGUUCCUGGGUCCUGCCCAUAAUUCCAAAACGCCAUCGCCAACGUCAGCCACUCCGAGAAACUUUGACGAUUCGCAGGACCUUAACACUCUCCCGGAUCCCAGAAGUAGGGCCAUGAGCCCCGCUAGCGCCCAUGGCUUCCCUAGCCCGAUAAGCCCCGUUUCUGAUCUUGAUCUAGAAGUCGCAACCUUGAGCACGAAGCUCAUUAACGCGAUCAACCACCAGACUACCCUCGACGACACUCUGUCAAGAGCAAGGGCGGAACUCGAGGAUGCAAGAGAAACAAUAAGGCAGUUAGAGGGGCGUCUCGCUGAGCAGCGAGAAAUGCUUUCAGGGGAUGUUUGGGUGCGCCGCAAAACUGUCGAGUCCGAGAAGAAGGACCUGCUUCGUCGCGUGGCUGAUGAAAAGAAGGCACGAUACGAGAUGGAACAUCAGAAGAAGAAGAUUGAACAAGAGCUGGAAGAGCUGAGCACUCAGCUGUUUGAGGAGGCCCAGAAAAUGGUGAUUGCGGCCAAGGAGGACGCACAAAAGGAACAAGAAAUCUUGCACAACAAGAAUGAGAAGCUUCGGGACCAGCUCUCAAACACGGAGAUACUACUCAAGUUGCAAAAUGAUCAGUUGGCGGAACUCAAAGCUGUUAUGGAGCAGAUGCACGUUGACCGGGAGGACCAGAAUGCCCUGACGGCACCGUCAUCUCCUGGUUUCAGCAGGUUCGAUUCCAAAGACGACGAAACUCCAUUUUCUGCUGCAGACGAAUCCCUACCGGAACCCGUAUCUCCAUCCUACCCCACGAGCUUCACUCACCUCGUCCAGCCGAUCCUGCGGACCGAUCUAUCAUCGUAUGAAGAUUUCAAAAUACUGGUGCAGACAACAAAGAGGCUGUCUGUCAGGAGCAGGCCCCCUUCGGGCGCGUUUGGUGCUAGUGCAAUGUCAGCUCUCGGCUUGACUGCAGGUCACUCCAUGAGCCCAUCGAAUGCAUCUACAUCGUCUGUCGCAAGCACCGUGCCGACGUCAUCCUCAGGAUCACUACCGCAAACUCCGAACACCCCUGGUUCAGCUGCUCUGAGCGCGGGCUCGGGCGCUGCGGCGGUGCCGGUGCCACCCCUAAAAGAUACCAGGUUCUUCAAGAGGGUCCUGUCCGAGGACAUAGAGCCGACCCUCAGACUUGACAUUGCGCCUGGCCUCUCAUGGCUCAGUCGACGAACGGUCAUCAAUGCGAUUACAGAGGGGACUCUAGUUGUCGAGCCGGUACCGCCCGCGACGCCGGGUUCGCUGGUCGCCAUCACGAAACCACAGUUCAAGGAGUGCUCACUGUGUGGAGAAAACCGCAAAGAAGAAGCACACCUCCGGACCUACAGGUUCCGCACCAGCGAUGCGGAUACGGCGCAGCGGUACCCGCUCUGCAAGUCUUAUUGUUUGGUGCGCGUUCGGGCGACAUGCGAUCUUAUGGGCUUCCUGCGCCUCCUGAAAGACGGACAUUGGCGAACCGACGACGAGGAUGCCGUCAAGGCUGCUUGGGAAGAGAGCGUACGACUCCGAGAACAGAUGUUCUGGGCUCGCAUUGGAGGCGGUGUUGUGCCCACCACACCCAUGUUGAUUGGCAAAUCUCCCAUGUUACCGGAGAAGAGCCCAAGGCCCAGCCAAGACGGCAAAAACGAGGCACCUCAAGUGGACCAGCAGCAAUCUCAGGAGCCCCCGAAACCGAGCGUUGAGGUCAGCUCUGAGUCUUCUGAUAAUUCAACAGCUCCUGCACCGGCAGGGGCCCCCGACACAAAACCGGAGGGUCUGGGCCUCCAGAACGUUUCGCUGACGUCGCCGACUUCGGAGACUGUGGAGGAAAAAGUAGCGAGACCGGUGACACCGCCUCCCAAGGUAUCGGAAGAGCAGAUGCCACCAGCGAGCAACACCAACGAGGCUGAUGCCGAUGCAGACGGGGCGAAUAAGCAGACCACUCCGCAAAUUCCGGCCCAACAAAACCAAUGAAUCACAUUAAAUUCAUAGUCGGCAUUUUCAACAAGAUCUACAUCUAUGGCCCGGGGGGUUCGCAGAUAUGAAUGCAAUACCUACCGGGGCCUUUCUCAGUACAUAUUCUAAUAUUGUAUUGCUCAUGUUAAAUACGGUUAAUGAUACCCUCGUUUGACGCCUUGGCCAAUGCUGGCCCUCACACUCCCUGGUCAUAUCUCAGCAGGAAAAGCAAGUCUAUCCUUUUUUUUUGUUCUGUGUUUAUCAGGGCGGGGUUGGCGUUCGGACUCCUUAUUUCGGGCUACACAAGCAAGGUCUUUUCUUCUUAUUAUUCUUGGUUCCUCAUUAUUCUUGUCAAAAGUUUUGACAAGGACUGGUAUUUGAGUACUUGUAUUAUUACUUGACGACAAAGCAGGCCGGAACAGGGCGGCACCAAUGGGUGUGGAAGUAGGUGCUGCACAUACAUACCGGCAUCUCCCACCAAAUUAAUUUGGUAGAUAAAUAGGUUAAUCAUGACGGUAUUGGGUGUGAUAUGCAGCUGAAACAUCCACUUUUGCUCUUUGUGAUGGUCUGUCUACUUACUGUGCAUUGUUUAUUGCUACAUCUCGG